AAGAAAUGGUAAACCAUUGAAAGGUCAACCAUUGAUGGAAGAACAGAAUAGCGUGAGAAUAAUUGAAGAAGAAAUAGUUUUGGAUGGGGCAAAAAAGAAAUAGUAACCCAAUCCAGGGUUCAUCAUCAUGAUCAUCUCGAGGGAAGAAGAAGAAUCAAGAUUCCCAGAUGAUAACAAUAAUGAAAAUGGCGGCGGAGAUAGUGAAGAAGGGGGAGGAGGCAAAGGAACGUGGAAGCACGCGGCUUUCCACGUCGCCACCACCAUAGCCACGCCGGCAGCGUUUGCUCCGCUGCCCUUUGCCGUUGCUUCUCUCGGUUGGCCUCUUGGAGUAGCUAGUUUGGUUAGCGGGACACUGAUCGCUUGGUAUUCUAGCCUACUGAUUGCGUCACUUUGGAAAUGGAACGGGAAGCUGCACACCACGUAUGGCCACCUUGCCCAAAGCAUUUAUGGGCUGUGGGGUUUCUGGUCUGUUGCAUUCUUUCAGCAAGUGGCUUCUCUUGGCAAUAAUAUUGCCAUUCAGAUUGCUGCAGGAAGCAGCCUUAAGGCAAUAUACAAGUACUACCAACCUGAUGGGAGCCUAACUUUGCAACAUUUCAUCGCCUUUUUUGGAGCUUUUGAACUUGUUUUAUCCCAAUUCCCAGACAUUCAUUCAUUGAGAUGGGUAAAUGCUCUUUGCACUUUCAGUACCAUUGGUUUUGCUGCCACAACCAUCGGAGUAUCGAUAUAUAAUGGAAAGAAGGCCGAUAGAAGGUCAGUCGAUCAUCGUGUUCAUGGCAACAUAUCUUCUAGAACAUUCAAGGCCUUCAAUGCUCUGGGAUCAAUUGCCUUUUCAUUUGGGGACGCAAUGCUUCCAGAAAUACAGAAUGCUGUGAGAGGACCUCCCAAAGAGAACAUGUAUAAAGGCGUGUCAGCCGCGUACGGCGUCAUCAUUUUAUGUUACUGGCAUUUAGCCUUCUUUGGGUAUUGGGCAUUUGGUUCAGAAGUUCAACCUUACAUUCUGGCUUCUCUCACUUCUCCAAAGUGGACAAUCAUAAUGAGCAACAUCUUUGCAGUGAUUCAAAUAUCAGGUUGCUUCCAGGUAGGUAUAUACAAAGGGUCCGAAGAAAACUGGAUAUUUGACCCCAAAAUCAACUAAACUUGCACGUGCAACUGACGUGAUUUGGGGAUGGGCUGGGAUCGGGACUGGGAACUAUCAAUUUUACAAACAGAGCACCGAAAGUGUUCCAAUUGGGACAGUGUCCUCCGUGGCCACUCAAAGAGUCGCCAUGAAACUGGAGCGAUAUACAAAACAUGUUCCCUGCCCAAAAAAAGAAACAUCUCAUUU